AUGAAGGAAAACGACGUCAUCGCCAUCAUCAUUAUCCUCCUCUUCAUCGUCCUAGCCCUCAUCGCCUUUGGUAUCUACAGAUUAGUCCACAUGGCCCGGGCACAAGGCACAGUCUCCGAAGAGAGCGGGACAGGAUCCAACAUAACGGACGACGACGGUGUCGCCCUUGAGGGUUCGGCAUGCUUAUCAAGCGGUUAUGUCUGCCCUUCCCGAGCAGACUCUCCGAGUUUUCAAAGCCAGGACUUUUCCGGCUGUAAUCGAAAGCCACCCGCAGAAGAGGCGGCAGCGGCGGCCACACGGACGUGGCCACCGAGCCUAGCGGGGGUAUAA